AGAAACACCUCACAGAAGCAAAAUUUUCUGCGAUAAUAGAAGAAUUUUCGAGAAAAAGAAAAUCAAGAACUCGGAAUCAGGGUUUUCUUUCAGAUUCGUGAAAAUCUCGAAAGAGGAAUACGAUUUCAGCCUUAGGUCGAUUCCCUUAAAGAUCAAACCCUAAUAUUAUCCUUUUCGAAUUUGAGAUAAAAGGAAUUUAGGGUUUCGGUCUCUCUUUUUCCGCUGUCUGUUUUCGCGAUCGGCGAUUGUACUUUUGUUCCUGACCGUUACGUUUGUAAUUUCAACGUUAAGCCUAGGGUUUCGUACUUUCGUUGCGAUGAACGACCAAUCGCAGAUGAUGAUGAAUUUGAACCAGAUGAGCCAGCCUCAGAUGAUGAAUCAGGUGCAGAUAAUAGGUCAGUCGCAGCCUCAGAUGCACUCGCACAAUCAAGGAAUGAAUCAACAAGCGCAGCCUCAGAUGAAGACAUCACAGAUUAUGAUGAACCAGUCCCAGCCUCCGAUGAUGAAUCGCGGGUACAAGGUUUGGUCUCAGCAACCUCCUCUGGACCCAAGCAUGAAGUUCCAGAACCCUAUGAAACCGAAUUAUCGGAGUAACUGGAAGGGGAAGAAGGUCACUGACAAACGCAAUGACCCUAGGAGAAUGGAAAAACCCAAUCCCAGUGGAAUCUCGACUCUUAGUGUUCCGAACACCGGUGUCGUCGGUUACCAGCCCCCAACGCUGAACGAGUUGCAAUCGCAAAAUCGCUUAAAAGCGCGUAAGUUCUAUCCUAAGAAGAAGUUUAAUAAUAGGUUUGCUCCCUACGCCCCUAGGAAUACGACAUCGUUUAUCAUUCGUGCGAAGAAGUCCGGUGGCAUAGCUUCUCUUGUGUCACCUUGCCCUGUGACCCCCGCAGUGCUUCCCACGCCUAUAUUGUCUCCCUCGAGGGAGGUGUUGGGUGAUAUGGCGAAGGAGGAGUGGGGUGUUGAUGGAUACGGGUCAAUGAAGGGUCUGAUUAGGCUUCGAUCACCGGGGAAUGAGGCUGAUGUUCAUGAUUACGAGGAUGACGACGACGGUGGCUCGAGUGAGAGUGAUGUGGAGGAUCAUGUGGAGGUGGAGAGGAGGCUGGAUCACGAUUUGAGUCGGUUUGAGAUGAUAUACCCUAAUUACGGAGUGGAUUACAAUAAUGUGUUAGAGAAUAGGGUUGAUGAUCAGGAUUCCCAUAUAGCUCAGUUGGAGGAGGAGAACUUGACGUUGAAGGAGCGUCUUUUCCUGAUGGAGAGAGAGUUGGGCGACCUGCGAAGGAGGUUGAUGUAUCUUGAGAGGCAGAACCAAGCUGUGGAAGAUGUCAAUGAGGAAGUGGUGGAAAAUGGGUCUGAUAAUGAGAGUGAGGGUGGAUCUGAUGUUCCGGUUAUGGGAAUUGAGAACAAUGUGGUGAUGGUUGACUCUGUGAUGGACAGUGUAAGAGAUGGAAGUAUUGAAGCCAAUGCUAAGUUGAACAAUGAUGGAGUAUCAGAGGCUGAAGGUGUAGAUAAUGUUUUUAUGGAAGGGUCUGUUUCAAACGAGGCUAUUGCGGAGAAGGAUGGUGUCAGAGGUAAUGAAUUGGGGAGUGACUGUGUGUUUGAUGAUGUGAAGGAAAAGGACGAGCUGCAGGCUGAAGGAGUGACACAACAGUGUUCGGCUGAUAAAAUUUUGGCAAAAGAAAAUAAUGUAAUGGAUAACAAAGAAAGUGGUGAUUUUGAAAUGCAGGACAGAAAUGAUGAAUCAAAAAGUCAAGGAGCAACGGAUGAAAAUACAAAGGACUUAAAUAAUGAAAAGGAUGAAAGCAAGAGUCCAGUAGUUGGAACAAGUUCAGAGACUGCCAGAGAUGAUGACUUACCUGUCUCGUGUUAGCACGACUUUUUCAUCUAAAUGCUUUUGAGGGGAAGGCUAGAGUAAAAUGAACUCUACAACUUUUUAAUGCAUAAAUGUUGGAAUUUGUAGAUCGUAGUUUAGCAGUUUGGUUUUAUUUUGUCGCUAUUUUUUUUUUUUUAUAAUUUGUAUGGUUUGGUAAAAUGAAAGACUGGGAGGACUACUGGUUUUGUUCUUCGUUGUGAUAUCUCGUGGACAUUAAUGAGGACCAUAAGGGCUAGAACCUG